AUGGUGCUGCUGGAACGGAGCGGAAGCCAGCACAGCCGCGGAAGCGCCGCCAGUUUCAUGGCGAACGGGGCCAAACCUCCAGUCGGCUGCGCAUACCCUGAUCUCUGUAUUGAUGGUGAUCGUAAUUGCUUCCGAACACAUAUCCCUCUUCAGCACUCGCAGCAAGCAAAGCUGGCGGUUCUCAGCAGCCCCUUGUUUCAACUUCCUACGACUGACUGGGGCAAAGCGAAGCAGAAGUCGCAGCCGGCGGACAAGUCCCGCAGAAAGGCUGGCGACAUGCGUUGCGAACGAGAAACGCUGCUGCCAAGCGGUAGGGCGCCGGCGGCUGGACGCUCAGCUGCAAUGUCACGGAGGUGCGGAGUCCAAUGGAAACGCCGGUGCUCAGGUGUUCCGGGCCCGGAGGCUGUGGCUAACGGUGCCUGCUGCAGUGCUGAGAGAGAGGAGGCUGGCAAAGCACCAGCUGCGAAGUACGCUUUGGACUGCCUCAGGAUUAGGAUCUCAGUGCAGACCGCCUCUGCAAGCGCCCCUUUGACUCUCGGCCUGAAGCUCUGCCUUUCCCUCGCAGGCAUGAGUUCCUGGGACGGCUCUGGCGAGCUGCCCUUGCCGCACGCGCCUGCAUUGACCUGGCUUGCUCUGACAGCACAGAUGCGCGCGGCUCGCGCGGGAUGCCAGCCGUGGCAGGCAAAGACUUACCCUGCCCUCUGGCUAAGCGAUGCCAGGAACCCAAAGCUGCACCUUCAAUUUAUUGGGCAUCGUUUCAUCCUUGCCUGCAGCCUGGCGCGGCGAACGAGGCAGACUCGUCCAGGAGCCAAGGAGAAGCAGGUACCGGCUAUAGGAGCACGGCCUGCCGCCGCUGUUGCAACACGGGGAAGCCGAGCAGCGCGAACUGCACAGCACGUGGUCAAUGCCCGGCUGUGA